UCUUUAUUCAGAAUUUCUGGUUCGCAGACUUCAAAAGGAAAGUCGAAUCUUCCUCGAUUUGGGAUUUAAAAUAAGCCGGUGACUUAAGACACCAAUAAAAAUAUUCGAAGUGGCGACUCUGAAUAAAAAAUGAAUAAAUAAUCCCAUAUCGAAUAAUGCCACUUAAAUUGGAAAAACUCCUUUAUAUACCCUCUCAGGGUGUAUAAAAAGGAGGUGUGACAAUGUAGAUUUAGAGGACUCAUGCAAAGAUUACAAAUGUAAUUAGCUGCUCACUUUGAUUCUGGAGGCCUAAGAUUAGGUGCUCUUUAGUUUAUAAAUUGUUCUUUGGUUAUCAAUGGUAAUGUUUACAGUGUUACCAAAAAACAUUUUUGGUGCAUCUAAAUUUGAUAUUAUAAAAAUUCAAUUUCCCCCACUUUUCCACCUGCAACUUCCUGUAUGAUCUUAUUUUGCAAAAUCAAGUGUAGGGUUCAAAUUUUGUAAGGCAAGUUUGACUAAAACUUUAAGCUUGAGCCAUCCAUUUGUUGGCUCAACAUGGAAUUUGCUCCUUUUUUUAAUAAGUUUUUAUGACUUUUUUCAUCAACUUUAGAAGAAGACAACUAUUUUCACUUAAUGGGUUCAUAUUUCAUGUACAUAGAGGCCUUUCAUAUUAACUGCACAAGUUACACUCUCCGGUAGCUGCUAUUUACUUGUGAACACAAUCAAAAAAAUUUGAAAGCGAUGUACCAUGGCUCAAACGAAGAGGAUAAGUUAAAUCUUGAAAUUAUUGGUCCGCUUGUUCUUCUAAGUUUUUUAUGUUAUUUGUGUGAUUGAUGACUUUUCAUUAUCUCUACCGUAUAGCAAUAUUGUUCCGUGAUAUCUAAUAGCUUGUUUGGAUUGUUGUUACAUGUUGUUUUUAAAUAUAUCGUAUCGUAUCGUAUCGUAUCGUAUUGUAUUGUAUUGUUCGUUGAAUAUAAUAUUUGGAUAGAUUGUAUCGUUUGCCGUCAUUUUAUGAUGUCACGCACUAACAAUAUGGAGAAUAAACUUGCAUCAUUACUAAGAAAAAAUAAGAUAUGGAGUAGAAUUAUUAUAUAAAAGAAGUAGGAUAAAGAACAAAAUAUGAUUAUUUAAUAAUAAAGAAGGGCGAGAUGAGAGAAAAAACAAGGAAACGACGCCAUCACACCAAAUCUGUCGUUUCAUAAAGUGAUACUUUUUGUCGUUACAUAACGAUGGAUUUAAUGAUACGAUACUGUUUAACCAAAAAUAUAUCUUUCGAUCAAAGAUUAAUUUUAGAAGAAAACGGGCUUCUGAUAACCAAGUUUUGCCUCACUUUCCCAAUAGUAUCAAAGGAAAAUAACAAGAAUAAAUAAGGAAAUAAUUGAUUGCAAAGUCAAUAUAGUAAAUUUUGAGAAAAGCAGAAAAGUAAAGUGAAUAUAUUCCAAUAUUGUCUCAGAUGUCCUUACAAGUGAAAUUAUUUCCUCUUGUAUAUAGGUUUACACAUUUAAUGGUUCCUUCCAUUUAUGGCUAAAUCAUUAUGAGCUUUAAUUGUAUUAAUGAUCCGUUAUAAUUGGUAAUCGUAACUGUUCACUAGGAUUCUGUUACGAUUCUGAUUCCCCCUCCUCAUUAAGGUUCAUGGAUCUUCCUUUCUUACUGUCUUGAUUCAUUCUUUGCCAGUUGUUAGUCCCGGUACUAUCUCAUGGGUGUUUUCCUCCCGUGCCUUUUCUUAUUCUAUCAAACACGACUUCCACGUAUUGUGCCAUGUCAGUAGUCUUAUAUUCCACAUGUAGCACUUUAUCACCACCAAAUACAGAUAGUCCCCCCACUUUCUUGAAUAUUCUCUACUAAAUAUUCGGGAAAGUGGAAGGUUUUUAUGACGGGAAUUCUCUGCCGCCUUUUUCGAAUAUAAUCAUAUCCUUUUCUGAAUCGAUGUGACAUUAAUCACUUUUAUUUGACGACCAUGUCACGUAGCUGUUAACAAUUGGUCCUUCAGUUCUUCAGCGCCUUUUAGGGUUUUCCUGCAACCGCAUCAGUCACGAAGUGACAAUUCCAUUAUGACGCUUCAUAAUGACCUCAAUAGUCGUGUCUUCCUAUAAAUACUUAACUCAUUUUUUCCGAUUUUCUAAAGCCUUUCCUUCUUCGUAUUCUUGCCUUACUUCAUUCUGCAUCUUUUUCCUGUGUUUCUCUAGUUAAUCAUGGCUUCAUCAAAUCCCGGUCCUCACAAAGUAGUAAUUGUUGAUGAACUUCCCCCUACAACUGUGCUUGUUAGGAGUAGAAGAGGUGGUAGAUUACGUAGCCUCGGUUCUAUUUCUGACUGUGGUUCCUCCUCUCAAGGUAGUGCUACCAAACCAUCUUCUUCUAGAGCUAGGGCUUUUGCAACCCCAAGUUCUUCUUCUAAAGAUAAAGAUUUAACCGAAGCCCUUCGUGAACCCAUUGUUGAUGAAAUUGUCCCUGAAUAGCUAUCCUUUGUGAUUGAUUGUGAAUCCAUGAAGAGUGAAGUCUCUUCCAUGGCUGCUUCCCUUGAUCGUGAUGAUCGUUACCCAACUCUGAUUACCACUGGCCUUCUUGCUCUGGUUCGAAGAGAAUGUAAUUGGAAACCCGACUUCCCAGUUUUAAUUCCUGGUUCUAACUAAAGAAUAACUUCAUACCAAGCUGACUAUUCCUUCGUUUAUACAUAUCCCUUUACCUUAAGAUUUAAACCUCCUAUUGACCUGGUAAUCAUUGAGUUAUGUCGUUACUUCAGUGUUUGUUUGGGACAAAUUGGUCCUAUUGUUUGGAGAGUUGUUGCAUGUCUCCAUUAUUUAUCAAACUUGACUUCUAUGCCUUUUACUUUUCGUCACUUACUCCAUCUCUACUCUCCCAAACUAUUUCGUGAUGGAGUUUUUUUCCUUGUGGCCAAAAGUAAGAGAUUAUUAGUUAGCCCUGAAGAUGAUAGAGAUCGAGGCUGGUAUACUUGCUUCGUUGCUGCUCCUACUAGCGGUUUGGUGGGUGAAGAAAAUAUGUCUUUUCCAGAAAAGUGGAAUUUUGCACCAACUAUGGAAGUUUUUGAAGAGAUCCUUGACUUUUGUGCUUGGGUAGAAAAAUUAAUAUAUGUUGCUCCUAUGGAGAGAAGAUCUUGGAAGUACCUUUCUCGGAGAUUUGGGUGGAAAGUUAAAACACACGGAUUUGUCAUUCGUGGUGUUAGUCCUGCUUCUGUUUCAUCUGCAAGACUUACGGUGAGUCUUGCUCAAGAAACGAUUCCAAGGUCUUUUUCAAAGAGGAAGGUUGAUGGAGCCUGUGGCUCAGAGGAAGAAGAAGAAGAACUAGAGGAAGGUUCUUUAGUUCGUGGACCUCGAGUUAGGAGGCGCGUUAUUUCAGAUGAUGAAGCCAUACUUUCUCCAAGUUCAAUUCCUGUCAACGAGCCUGCAGAUGCUACUUUAGUGAAUUCUAAUGAAGAGAUGAAUGCUCCUCCUCGUGAAUCUACUGAUAAGUUGUUUUCCCGUGGUUUUGAUAGUGGUGAUUUUGGUCCCAUUUUUGAAGAGUUACCCUUUGCUUCUCUUCCAGUGUCAGUCCCCGUCUGUUCUCAAUCUACCGUUCCUAUUACUGCUGCUACAGCUCCUUCCGUGGCUGCUUUUACUUCCUCAACUAUACCUAUUUCUACUACUUCUCAUGUUGAAGUUGGUACCUCUAAUAGCAAUAGAGUGAUGAAAAAGGUUACCAUAAAGUCCCUGAAGAUGGUAAUCUGUUGAAAAAUUUUGGUCAAACCGACGUAUGGUUAAAACCUUUAAUUGGCCCAGUUGAGAAGUCUUAAGUUGGAAAGCCACGGCUCCUUGACAUAGAUGAAUGAUAUUAUUCAUUCAUCUUUGAAGCUUCAAGUUUUAGCUUUUUCCUUUCCUUUUCCUCGUGGUUAUUUACUUUCGUUUGACAACCACUUUUUUUUGUAGAUCAACUAAAUAGGCACGGAACUUAUGAAAAGAAUUGUUCACACUGAGCAGCUAGUCAAUGAUUACCAUACUGAAGCGAUAACUGGAAGGAACAAUAUGAGGGUCUUCAAUUGGAGAAAGAAUUUUUGGCUGAAGAGAAGUGUGCUUUGGAACAACAAGUAAGGAUGAUGGUGGCGGAAUUGGCAGUUGAAAAAGCCUCUUCAAGUCAAGUUGGCAGAGACAGACAUCCUUGAGUCUUCAUUUGCAAAGCAACUUUCUAAAACUACCAAGGAGAUAAGGGGUUUGAAAGAACUCCUUAAUCAGAAGGAGACUUAUGUGGGGAAGUUAGUUCAAACACUUACUCAGGUUCAAGAAGACCUCCAUAAGUUUCUGAUAAAAUCCAGUUGUUGGAGAGUUCCCUCGCCCCUCUGAAGAUUUCUUAUAAUGCUUCUUUGAUUGAGAAAGAAGAGUUGAAGGCUGAAAUUGACUAGUGGGAGAAAGAUUACGAAACCCUUGAAGAUAAAUCAACACCUGAUAUAAGUUGGACUUUUUUGAAUACCAGUGUCACGCCCUAAAAUCCGAGGAACACGACCAGCGCUCAACCGAGUAAACCCGACUGAGCAAGCAUAUUAGGUUUUAUACUACCCAAAUUCAUCUUUGAAUAAGGAGAAAAUGUACACCAUUAAUCAAAUUCUAUAAACAUGUCAUUAACAAUUCCAUUUCAUUUCCAUUA